CUGAAACGACGACGAAGAUCAGCUAUAUGCACGUGCAUGCAGCACGCGUUUGCUGCAGCCCACGCACGUUCGUUCUGCUCGAUUUUUCGGCGUCGCUCAUCUAGGGCAGGCAAGCGGGAGACGAAAGAGCUGAGAGCACCUUACACUAGCGGUCAUGAGUCACCUCGCUGAAGAGGGAGCCUCGCCGAUGGCUUGCUCCGGGAACUGCCCCAUCAUACCGAUGGCGCCUUCGGCGUUCAUCUGCGACUUGGACCACGGCAGCGGCGUCCUCUCUUCCUCCGGCGCGCUUUCGACCGGAUCUCCUCCCUCGGCCAUAGUGCCGAUGGAAGCCGUGCUGGGCACCGCCGGGGAUUUAGCCGAGCAGGACGCCACGUUCUUGUGGCCCCAGGAGGGAGACUCCACGACGCCGGCAUUAGACGACCGCUCCUCGGCGUCGGCCUCUCAACGUCGUGCGUCCGCGGAGUCGCUCAGUCUGAGCAACAGCAGCGACGGCUCCCCCACGUGCCGCAUCUGCUUCUUCGGAGACGCGAAGCAGCCGCUGCUGGAGCCCUGCAACUGCCGUGGAACCAUUGGCUUCGUCCACCGAGACUGCCUGGAGCGGUGGAUUCAGCGAACGGUGGACCCCCAGUGUCAGGUCUGCCAUUUCCAUUUCACAGUCCGCAAGCAGGCAGAGCCGGCGUGGCGCCUGCUGUUCGAUGUCGAGGCCCGCCGCCCCGUGCUCGGCUACGCGGUCUUGGGCGCGCUCUUUGCCCUGAGCAUCGCGUUCAUCUUCACACUGGCCUGGCUGUACGCGGUGUGCCUGCCCACCCGUGUCGGAGACAAGCUGGCCGCCACCGUGGUCGUACUGUUGGCCGUGCAGAACAUCCUCUGGCUGUACUUCCCUUUCGUCAGCUUCACGUACUCGUACAAGGCAUUCAAGAAGUGGCACGAAGAUAGUACCUGCCUCAAGCUCGUGCUCAGCACUGACGAGACCAGCGGAGCCGCGUGGUCGAACCUUCGCUUCUGGCGUGCGGGUGGCGGCUCCCGAGACCCCGUGUUGUCUUGUGGUGGAGCUCAAUAAAGAUGCCAGAGGGCAGGAAAAAGAGGCUACGCUGGUGCGACAAACAAAGCGGACGAGCGAAAGUUCUUUUUUUGAUCGUAAA